AUGCACUUCGGCAAGGUGCUUCAGCGGAUCAUAGAUGAGAACCCGAGCAUGAACGAGUCGCUGUUCCUGCGGUACAAGCGGCUCAAGAAGGGCCUGAAACGGAUCGCGGCGCAGCUCGCCGCGCAGGAGGAGGGCGGGGACGGAGCGGGCGCUGCGAAGGACGGCGAGGCGGCAGGGGCGGGGUCCCACUCAGCGACCAAGGACAGCAACGAGGCGAUCACCCUGGAAGAGAAGGAGUUCAUGAGCGUACUUGGACAGGACGUGCACCGGUUCAACCAGUUCUUCAUGGAGAAGGAGGAGGACAUGGUGAUUCGUCUCCAGAGCCUCAAGGACGCGCUGCAGGCCCUCGACGCAAACUCGGAGCACCACAGCGGCGCCAGCCACGGCGCCAGCGGCGCCACGACGCGCCACAGCCCCGCGCGCGCCAAGCUGGUCUCCGAGCUCGUGGACUUCCAUGGCGAGGUCGUCCAGCUCCUCAACUGGAGCGUCCUCAACUGGGCAGCGCUGCAGAAGAUCCUGAAGAAGCACGACAAGAUAACUGGCCACCACAUCCGGGACCGGCUGUCGGCGUCGAUGCUGUCGCAGCCGUUCCAGAGCACGGAGGUGCUGUCGCAGCUCGUGCGGUCCGCCGAGGCGGAGGUGCAGCGAUACAUUCAGGUAGGGGGGGGGUCCUCGGUGCCGUCGCAGUCGCCCUCGGGCGUGCACGGCCCGUCCGGCGCCGUUGCGGCGGACGCCCCCGCGGGCGCCCCCGGGGCCGGCAACCGCGACGGAUGCUCCUCGGACAGCGACGAUGGCGGCGACGCGACGGUCGAGACCGACCUGCGGGGGAUGGUGGACAGCCUGGACCCGGAACACGCGGAGAUGGUGCGGCGGACGCUAGCUGCGCUGGACACGUGGAAGGUGCUGCGGGAAAUGGCGAAGACGCCCAGCACGGUGGCGGCGGUGCCCCCGCAAGCUGCGGCGCUGGUCGCGAACGCCACGAGGGGGGGUGAGCAGCAUGCGCUGAACUCGCCGGACCACAGCGCAGGCCCCGCAGUGAAGCGCCCAAGAGUGCAGCAGUCGAGCUGA